AUGUCCAAUACAGACGACGCUGCUACCGCGACCGAGCACUUGGCUCAGCUCUCGCUGUCUUCAUCGAGCCCACCUAUCGUGCACGACGAGUACGGCACAGAAUGGCUCGAUAUAACCCAGCUCAUGCAAUCCACAACGGCCGAACUAGCCCGGGGCGAGCUGAUCCGGCCGCAGACUCUGACGCUGUUCGACGCCAUGACAUCGAUAGAGGUCAUGGACCCACGACUAGACAUGGGCAUGCUGACGGAGCAAGACGAAGAAGAGAUCGGCAAAUGGGAUAUGGAGCGAGUACUGACAAUGCGCGAGACGCUGUGGAUUAUUGAGACCAUGUUCCAGUGCGAGAUGACGUGGCAGGCCAGCGCGUCGCUCCUACAGACCAUCUAUAUGUGCCGGUACUUUAGCCAGGACGAUAUGCCUGAGACGGCAGGCAAGGAGGAGACAAAGAAUCCGUGUCGUGACCUGGUACUGUAUCCGUACUUGAUCGCGCUGGGGCGGUGCUGUCGGCUUGUGUGGGCAGAGUACAUGAGAGAAAACAUGUACAGCGAAGAAGAUGUGUAUUUCGGGUCGUACGUGUCAAAGUUCUUUGACGAGUUCUCUCUCGCCGACGUCAUUGCGCUCAUGGGGAAGGCAACCGCGUUCCUGGACGGCUGGCUUGCUGACAGCGGUGUGAAUGCCGACGAAGACGAGCGCAAGGCGGCUCAGCAGAUACAGGACCAUCUGGCAUUGCGGGACUCGUGGCUCAGCACUCUGAUCCACACUUCGGUCGACUACCUGCUAGAAGACCCGUCGGCGCUUAGGAAAUCGGGCGAGGAAUUGGCCGAGCUGCGGUCUCUGCACACGUCGAUGCAGCAGGCCAGCACCACACAGUCGGUUGCGGUGGAGGUGCCCGGUGUGUUUGACAAAAAGUGCAUGCGCAACUACCCGACCAUGGCGCCCAUCAAGCCCAAGCCAUUGAAAACCUUGGCCGAGUCGCAUUCCUUCUUUAGUUCAGUGAUCUCUGAGCUGGGACUUGUACAGCAGCUCAUGGAUGUCGACAAUGUCGAGUCGCUGCUACACCUGACACUGCAGUUUGCGCAACGUACUCCGACAGCAUCGCCACUGGUGCGGUCGCUGGUGGCUUCGCUGUUUGUGUGCGAGAACCGGAUUCUGCUUCGCCAGCCGAUUAUUGCGUUUACUGAGAGAGCGAUUCGCGAAUGCACCGGCCCGUAUAUCUGGAACAUACUUGAGGCUGGUGCUGGACAGUUGGUUGGGCCGCCAGGCAAGGCCAUUCCGAAGGCAGAUGAUCUGGUAGGCGCCCGACAGCGAGUAGGCGAGUUUGUUCAGGAGGCAGCGAGAAUGGUGAUUGACUGGGUCAAGACACAGUGCCAGAAUGCCCCGCGUCAACGUCGCAUCGCUCUGAAAUACCUCGGCGGGUGGGACUCGCUGCAGGGCGAGGCUGAGCAGCUCGAUAUCUGGCUGUUCACAGUGCUGAACCCGCAGGCUCAAAGCGGAGCUGACGAUCCGAAGCACAACCCGUUCUGGUUCAGCUCAUGGGCGUACCACAUGAAGCUGCUGAUGAUGGAGAUCAGUGUCAUGGCGGGGAUGCGCCUGGAUGUGUAUUUGGAGUACGAGUUCAGCCAGGUCUUCUGCAACGCAACGCAGGUAUUUGAGGCGCAUUUUGCCCACCUGACUCGUAUGGAGACAAUGCUGGCAUCCAAACAGGGCCAAAAUGUAGGUCUUGUUCAGCCAAAGGCACCGCCUGCUCUGCCGGCGCUGUGGACGAUGCGACCGGUUUCGGACACCGAGUGUCUGGCGCAGAUUUCAAGGUGGAAGCUGCUGGUCAUGGCGCAGAAGGACUUGGCGACGGCCAUGUGGCUCGUGACGCAUGCGUGUGAGCGGCUCGGCGUGUUCAGGGCGCCAUGGGCUCAGAGGCGCAACAUCCUGGCGCUGACGGCAUGCAAGCAGCAGGAGACGCCAGAGGCCCAUCUGGCCCGGUAUGCCCUGCGCUUCCGUGUGUUCCAGCGGCUGAACUCGCCCACACCCCUGACAUUCGACGGGUGGCAGAACACAACGCAGCAGCUGGACGGGUACCGGAUCUGCGAUCUGUUUGCGCACGCAGCCCAGAUCCUCGCUGCCACCAAGAACUCUCUUGAUAGCGGCCGGAAGCAGGUUGUCAAGAACGGAGAGCACGGGCGGCUGCUGGCGCUGUGGGAGAAGAGCUACAGGUCGCUGUACUUUGUUGUGCUGUCAAAUACUCUCAGUCUGGCAAAGUUGGCAGCGGAUCCUGCCAUGAACUCGUUGGCUGCCACUACCACUGGCCACGACGCGCUGGCAUUCCGUGCCCAGAUGCUUGACGCCGACAUUGCUGCAUUAUCGCCGACCCCUGCUGGAAACGAGACCCAGCCGGCUGUAGCAGCCCCAAAGUCCAAAUCCAAGGCGAAGCGCGACAAGCAAAAGAAGCGCAAGGUGGCGAUGGCUGCCAAGCACGAAUCCAGUGUCCUGGCCAGCGCCAGAGAAUGGAGAGCCAGCGUCGACGAGCUGAUGAAGCCGGGCAAGGCCCUGGAUGUUGUGUGCAGGUGCAUGGCCGACAAGCAUCCAGACUGGCCGGUCUUUUCGUUUGGCCCGUCAAAUUAG